UCUGAAGCACACACCAACUUCCUGUUUUGAAGAGAUUAAGAGCUUCAUUAUGGAUGCUGGUAGAAGACAGAUUUUGGGUUUGGCUUUAGCCAUCAACGGUGUAUUGGGGACCAUCAUGAUCUGUGCUCUCCCUGCCUGGAAAGUCCUCAUUAGUACUUCCGUGUACCCUGGUGAAAUUUAUGGAACAUGGUAUGGUUUAUGGAAAAUCUGUACAAUAUACACCACAGGCAAGAUGGAAUGCGUUGGGUAUGAGGUUUUUGCACCACUGGUAGAUGACACCAUGAAAGCUAUCAGAGCACUCGUGAUUAUCGCAAUCCUCAGUGGGAUCUUUGGAAUCCUGCUUGGUGUGGCCGGGAACAAGCGCACUAACUUCAUGUUGGAUGAUGGGCAAAAGCGCAAAGUGGGCUUUGCUUCUGGAGUUGUCUUCAUCAUUGCAGGUUUCUUGGUGUUCAUACCUGUCUGCUGGAUGGCCAACAUCAUCAUUCGUGAUUCCUACGAGCUCAGAAAUUACGACAGUGAUGUCAGCAUAAAGCUGGGAGCCUCACUCUACAUUGGCUGGUUCACUACUGGGUUUCUGUUCCUGGGAGGAGGCCUGCUCCUGUACCGGCAGGAAUGAUACUGUCAUACUGAAUGUACAGUUAAGUAAUUCAGUGUAAGGCUUGCUUUUAGAUAUCUGCCAGCCCAUUGGAAACAAAAGAAAUGUUUUCAUAAUUAUGAUCUUCUGUUUUUCCCUUCAGUGCAAUAAUACAGCCUGAAAUGUAAUGAAAAUAAGGAGAAAUGUUAGCACUGAGUGUGUAACUUAAGUUCUUCCUUUAUCCCCACCCCCAACCCCCCAGAUCUCUGUGAUAUUAUUACGCUGUGCAUCUAAUAUUCCUAUAGAAUGUGUAUCAAGUGGUUUAAGUCUAAGUCUAAGCCUGAUAACUACUUCGAUAUUGAUGAUAAUGUGAUUUUCAUUUACUCUUUGAAUACUUUUCUUUUGAGUUGUUGUUGUUGUUUUUAACUCUUAUUGCUUGAUUAUAUACCAUACAAUUUAGGUCAAAUCAAGAUUCAUUUUUCUCAAUUCUCUAUUGGAUUCUCAUGAGAGAUCAUAUGUUGCAAAUAUUUUUAUGUCAUUGUCUCUGUUUUAAUAUCAA